AUGGGUAGUAACGACAAGCCAGAGUUACCAAACGUCAGAACCGGUGUCAAUAUCUUCCUCUUCAAUGAGAAACGUCAAUUCCUGCUGGGACUCCGACAAGGCAGCCAUGGUAAAAACACCUGGGGUCUCCCUGGAGGCCACAUAGAAUUUGGCGAAACCUUCGAAGGCUUGGCAUACUCCGACCUCGAAUUCCUCACUGUUACAAACGAUGUCUUCACGGAGGCGAAUAAGCACUACACUACCAACUUCUUUGCGGCCAAACUUAAGGGUGACCGAAAAGAUCCUGUGCUCAUGGAGAAAGAUAAAUGCCUUGAGUGGAAGUGGUUCGCCUGGGAAGAACUCGAGGAGCAUUAUAAGGCAGAUGAUGCAGCUAAGAAGGACGAGCGAAAUAAAUUCCAGGGGAAGGAACUGUUCCUCCCCAUGUUGAGCUUGUUCCGGCAGCGAGCGGGGCUUCAUCCACUGAAGGCAUAUGAAGUGAGACUGAGAGAAACAGACAAGUGGCCUGUGGUCGGUCUUACCUUCAAGUGA